AUGGCAGGGGAUGUAAGAAGAUUCACACGCAUGCUACUGGAAUGCAGCAGCAAUGACAAGCUAUGUGUUGUGCGUGAAUAUCAAAUUGAAGUGAUCAUUGUCCCAGUUCUCCUUGUGGGUGCUUUUAUCAUCCUGGUUAGUGUAAUCCUUUGGCUCCACUGUCGGGGUAUGAGAACAAAGCAGGAGGAAUCAUCACCAUCAGGACACCAAGUGAAUACCAAGAACCAGCAGGAAUCCUACUUAGCAGAUAACCACUACUUCCAGCUGAGUGAGACAGUUCUGGGUAGUCUGCUAAAUUCUGUAUCCUUGACUCUCAAAGAUCUGGAGAUACCACGAGAAAAACUCUCACCAGGCACCUUGGAGCUGAUACACCAUGGCAGCUGUGGAAGUAUCUACAGGGCAGAAUUGAAAACUGAGAACCCCAGGAAGACUAGGACUGUCAUACUGAAAGCCUUACAAGACUUGGCUGGUCCCCAGGAAAUAAAGGAUUUCCUGGGAAGGAUUAAAUUCCAUCAAAAUCUUGGCCAUCAUGAGAAUCUGGUUGAGUUGGUUGGAUGCUGUGUAGACCAGCUCCCACUUUAUAUGAUCAUGGAGGAUGUGUCUCUUGGUGACCUGUUGACUUUUUUAUGGACGUGUCGGAAGGAUGUAAUGACAAUGAAUGGUAUCCCCUUUGACAUCACUGAGAGGCAGGUAUAUGAAGUUGGGCAGCAUGUUGCAGCAGCUCUGGGUUACCUCGAGCAGAAGAAGUUGUUCCAUGGUGAUAUUGCUGCCAGGAAUGUCCUCCUUCAGCACAACUUCACUGCCAAACUCUGUGGUUUGGGGCUAGCCUAUGAAACUCACACAUACGGUGCCAGCUCAGUCACACAGAUUGUGCCCCUCAAGUGGCAGGCACCAGAGCGACUCCUGAAGAAGGCCCCCAGCAUCAAGGCAGACAUAUGGUCUUUUGGAAUUCUACUAUAUGAAAUGAUUACAUUAGGUGCUCCACCAUAUCCUGAGGUGCUGCCUUCUGACAUUUUACCAUACCUGCAGAAACGGAACAUCAUGAAACAACCCUCAAGCUGCCAGCAAACCAUGUAUAGCAUCAUGAAGUCCUGCUGGCAGUGGAAUGCAAUUAGACGGCCUUCCCCAGCAGACCUGAUCCAGUGCCUACAAACAGCUAUAAAGUCCAGCAAUGACCAUGCAGUAUUACAGGUGCCUGAGAUGGUGGUGCCUGAAUUCUAUGCUAAUGUUGCUGGUGUUGAUGUGGGCAGUCUAGUAAGCGACUACACUGUACUCUAAAGGAAUCUUUCACACGUCAGG